AUGGCGUCCCAGGCUCUGCUGCCCACCCUGCUGCUCUGCGUGCUGCUGCUGCAGGCCCAAGGAGGGCCACGUAGUCGGAACAGGAUGCAGAGUAUCAGGGCCUGUGAGAAGAGGCCCAGCAUAGAUCUGUGCCACGACCACUGCUCGUAUUUCCUACAGUGUCAAAAAUCAGACACCAUAUGCUGUUCAACCUUCUGCGGGAACGUUUGCAUGCACCUCCUGUGAGUGGGAGAGAGGGCUCGGCUGGGUGUCCUGCUCCCGC